UCACAAAUAAAAAAAAAGAUAAAGAAAAAAAAAACACUUAAUCUUAGCAAAUCAAAACAAAUCAUUUUCAACACAAAUAAAUCAAAUAUAAAAAAUAAAAAUAAAAAAAUCCACCGCAAACCUCAUGUACAUGCACCGGGACUACUGAAUAAUUUUCCCAAAAAAUAGUAUUUGGGUCGCAUUUACAAUCCUGAUGUGUUUCAAUUGGGCAGGGAAUUCAAAAUGGGUUCAUGAGAUGGAAUGGUCUGGUCAGAAAGACUUCACAGCAGCUCCCACUGUGAGAUUUCUGGUUGAUGGUGCAGAAGCAGGACUGCUUAAAAACCAUGGUCCUCUAACAUUCCUCAAGGUUCAUGAUGCUGGUCACAUGGUUCCAAUGGAUCAACCAAAAGCUUCAUUAGAAAUGCUAAAGAGGUGGACUCAAGGAAAACUCUCCAUGACCAAGUCAGAAGGUCGGCUCACUCCGAUGUGAUUGCCACACACUGACCUUAGUCCCCAUGUGUGUCCAAUUUCAAUUGUGCACAGGUGGAAAUAUCCAAAAUGUGCCUGGAAAUACCAAAGCAAUCCUCUUGUGCUUGUAGUAUUAAAAAACAGGCCAUUCCAUAAAGAUUGCUCACAGAAAUUAUUAAUGAGUGCAUUAAUAUGAAAACUUCUUCUUUUUUUUCUUU